AUGGCUAGUUCAACAACAAUGAAUGAAACUGAUAUGUUAAUGAACAAUCGAUGGCCGAAAAAAACUGGCAUGGAAACUUUAAUUGAAGGAAUAGUCUCUACGAAUUCAAAAUGUUAUGCAUGUGGAUCACUUGUUUAUGCUGUCGAAAAGAAGAAGACAACUAAUCAUGUUUAUCAUAAUCGAUGUUUUCGUUGUCGAAUUUGUAAACGAAGUCUAACUGAAUCGUCACUUAAUGAAGAAGGAAAUGAUAUUUAUUGUACAAAUUGUUAUCGAAAAAAACAACGUGGCGAUUGUAAUACUUUAGAUUUUCAACGAGCUGCAUCUGAACGAGCAGAACAUACUUAUAAUAAUCAUGAUUCUGAUCAAACAAAAUCAACUGAUAAUAUUCGACCAAUGCUUAGCUAUAUUUUUUCACGACAGCCAUCAAUAACAUUACGUAAAUUAGAACGACAAUUUCUUUCUUAUCAAGGACCAAAUGUUAAGAAUAAUGAGAUAAUCGAUCAAAAUUCUCAAAAACCUAUUUCAACUCAACAUGUUGCACCUAUUAAAACAAGUUUUUCUACUCCAAUUAAUUUCAUAACAAUUCGACGUACUUCAUCGUUAGGAAAAAAUGAACGAUCACCAUCAUUACAUUUUUUACCUGCUUUUUCACCUAUUAUAGAGAGUCCUACGGAAUUAAAAAACAUAACACGUAAACUAUCACUAGACUUCAAGAAAAUAAAAACUAACAAUGAACAAGUUAAAUCAUUUACAAAUUUAAUGGAUAAUAAGCAAUCUCAAUUGAAAAAUAUUCGUCAAAGCUCAUUUAAUAGAUCAUUACCAUCAAUCGGACGAAAACAUAGCAUCGUCAUAGAUGUGCAUGAUAAAGAUGAAGAUAAAGAUGAAAAACAUAAGAUAUUUCACUAUCCGAGUACUACUCUUACUCCAGUUCGUCAUCGAAGUAAAAGUGCCAGUUUUGUUCUUAAUCGACGCAAAAUGCAAUGA